CAAGGCCGAGCGCGCCGGCCGCGACGUGCGCACCAGGGCCCGGCGGCGCCCCGCUCCCGCUGGGCGCUUCCUCCCGGAGCUGAAGGAAGCGCCGCAAGCCCGCAGGGAGCCAAAGACCUCGCGCGGAGGACCAGGCAAAAGAGGCCGACUCCCGCGCUUCACCGCGCUGCGCGUCCCUAACUCGGCCCCAGUCGGCCUUACAUCUCGGCAUCUCUUAAAUUCUUUGAUUACGUGGGUCCAACAGGGUCCCCGAGCAGGCAGAACCAGUCGCACUUGCCCAGGUCACUGCAGGAAUCCAGGGCACGGUGACCCGGGACGCCUGGGCUGCCUGGGUUCCAGGCCCGCCUCCUGGGAGCUGCCCGCCUCCCUGGACAGGUGCCAUCUGUGGGGCACAACUUGUGGUCAGCACUCAGAAGCCCACCAACUCUUGUUUGUAAAUGAGACAUUUGGAUGGUAGCUUCAUCUGAUGAGCCAGGAAUACCUGGUGUGGAGGAAUUUGCAGGUGUAGCUUGAUCCAGUGGGUGGAGUGGAGCAGGGCUGUAGCCUGUGCCACACGGGUGCACGAGAAUAGCGGGUGACGCACCAUCAUAG